AUGUUGUUCAUUGUGGACUUGCUGCUGAUGCUGAUAAACCUGACCGUGUCCAUCCUCUGCGCCGUGCUCAACACUGUGCUCCGACCUAGACUCAAGUGCAUAGACGGAGAGUUGUGCCUCAUCACCGGGGCUGGGGGCGCACUGGGUCGCCUCUUUGCUCUGGAGUUCGCCAAAGAAGGGGCGCAUUUGGUGCUGUGGGACUGCAACACUGCCGCCAAUGAACAGACGGCAAAACUGGCCCGCGAGCUGGGCGUACAGGUGCACGCGUACACCGUGGACCUGUCCCAGCAGAGCAUCUAUGACACCGCGGACCGAGUGAGGCGCGAGGUGGGACACGUGACUAUUUUAGUCAACAAUGCUGGAGUGGUGGCAGGGCGGAGGCUGCUGGACUGUCCAGAUGAACUUUUGGAGAGGACGCUGUUAGUGAACUGCCCGCACUGUUCUGGGAUGACAAAGACCUUUCUGCCUCCGAUGAAAUCUAAGAACCAUGGGCACAUCAUAACUGUGGCCAGUGCUUUGGGCUUGUUCAGCACAGCCUGUGUAGAGGACUACUGUGCCAGCAAGUUUGGAGCUGUGGGUUUUCAUGAGUCCCUGACUCAUGAGCUACAUGCUGAAAAUAUGGACGGAAUUAAAACAACUUUAGUUUGUCCAUAUAUAGUGGACACUGGGAUGUUUGCUGGCUGUGAGAUAAGGCAGGAGUUACGGUGUCUAAUCCCCCCUCUGGAGCCCCUCUACACAGUGCAACAAUCGAUGGAAGCCAUUCUGUCAGAGCAGCAAAUGAUUUGCAUUCCUCGCCUCAUGUACAUCCCCUUUCUCACACGAGCGCUGCUACCCUGGGAGGCUAAUGUUGCCACUUACCGUUUUAUGGGAGGAGACAAAUGUAUGCUUCCCUUCAUCAAGAACACUGAACUGAAGAUGUCCAAUGGUGAUAUCAACCAAGAAUAGUAUC